GUCGCGGAGGGCAUUGGCAAGCCUCCAGAGCGACAGUUUCCACAGGGCUGCUGCGAGCUCCUGGCGGUGGUGUGAGGACGCUCUGAAAGCAGAGCGGCGGGGCGCCCGUAGGUGUCGCGAGCCGAGGCUUCCCUAACCACUCCAUGCCUGGUUGGAGGCUGCUGGCGCAAGCCGGCCCCCAUGUGCUGGGUGGAGGUGCGGGCGGCCUGGGUGCUGCCCUGAGCUCGGGGAACAGGACAAACGUCUGGCUUUUCGUUAGAAGUCUCCAUGGCAAGAGUGGUACUUGGUGGGAUGAGCAUCUUUCUGAAGAAAGUGUCCCAUUUGUUAAGCAGUUGGUGUCUGACGAAAAUAAAGCCCAAUUAGCAAGUAAAUUAUUUCCUCUGAAAGAUGAACCGUGGCCUAUACAUCCUUGGGAACCAGGUUCCUCUAGAGUUGGCCUUAUUGCCCUGAAGCUGGGCAUGAUGCCUUUAUGGACGAAGGAUGGUCAAAGGCAUGUGGUCACAUUACUUCAGGUACAAGACUGUCAUGUCCUAAAAUAUACUUCAAAGGAAAACCAUAAUGGAAAAAUGGCAGCACUAACUGUAGGAGGAAAAACUGUAUCACGUUUUCGUAAACCUACAUCUGUGUUGGAAUUUUACCGAGAACUUGGAUUGCCGCCAAAACAGAAAGUUAAAAUCUUUCAUGUAACAGAUAAUGCUGUAAUUAAGCCAGGCACUCCUCUUUAUGCUGCUCACUUUCGUCCAGGACAGUAUGUGGAUGUCACAGCCAAAACUAUUGGUAAAGGUUUUCAAGGCGUCAUGAAAAGAUGGGGAUUUAAAGGCCAGCCUGCUAGUCAUGGUCAAACAAAAACCCACAGGAGACCUGGAGCUAUUUCAACUGGUGAUAUUGCCAGAGUCUGGCCUGGAACUAAAAUGCCUGGACAAAUGGGAAACAUAAAUAGGACAGAAUAUGGACUGAAAGUGUGGAGAAUAAACACAAAGCACAAUAUCAUCUAUGUAAAUGGGUCUGUACCUGGACAUAAAAAUUGCUUAGUAAAGGUCAGAGAUUCUAAGUUGCCUGCCUAUAAGGAUUUCUGUAAAAACCUACCAUUUCCUACAUAUUUUCCUGACGGAGAUGAAGAGGAAUUACCAGAAGAUUUAUAUGAUGAAAACGUUUGCCAGCCCAGUGCACCUUCUAUUAUGUUUGCCUGACAUCAUUGGACAUGGAAGAGCUUUA